AUGUCGACGAACUUGAUUUUCUUUCGCAAGUUCUCAUUCUUAUACUGCUGUCUUAGUACAAACGACUUCACGCCUCGACAGCACGGACCCGACAAACCAGAGUAUCGGAUACUCCCAAACCCCCCUCUGGAGGUCUUCUACCUUUUGGUCCGCCCGUCACGCUCAUGUUCGUUGAACCUCGACUUCUCUACUUGGCCGGAUAGAAAGACCUGUGUAUAUUACGCUCAGCCCGAGCACAAGAUUCAGGGCCAAUAUGGUGGUGUAUUGGUCGGCUUGGAUGCAUUUUUGGGAGGCUUGGAACGGCAUACCCGAAGCGGAGUGGCUGAUGCCACAACCCACGAGAGCAUCUACUUGAGGCUGCGCAUUAUGAAUGGCCUCCGUGAUGAACAACUCUCGUAUGUACUGUGUAUGAAGGAGAUAGAAUUCAAUGCUGAUACAACAUCACUUGCCAUGUACAUGGGCGCACUGUGA